AUCUGUCACAUGAUCGUGUAUAAUCAAAAUGGUGGCUUGAUAACCUUGAUUGAAAAAUAAAUUAUCAAGAAUAAAUCUGGAAUAAGCGAAUAUCAGUUGAUAUUUCAAGGACUUACAGUAUUUGUUUUAAUUCAUCAUGAUGGAUAUUUCAAAUAUCGAGGAUUUGGAGAAAGGAGCUCAAGUGGCAACAAGUCUUCUACAGGAAAGAGCCAAUGAUGUACGAGCCAACAGAGUUAACUGGCAGUCCUAUCUACAAGGCCAGAUGAUAUCAUCAGAUAUCUACAGUUUUAUAUCUAAGUUUGAUAGUAGCAAUGCUGAAAGUAGAUCAGCCAUGUUGCAAGAAAAUCCAUUACAGUUUGCCUCUACAUUCUAUAAUUUGAUUGGUCAGAUAGCUAAAGAUCAAACUUUACAGUAUAUAUUAACUAUGUUGGAUGAUGGCCUUCAGGAAGAUAAAGCAAGAGUGGAAAUAUUUAAAGAAUUUGCCAAGAAAAGGAAGGAAUCAGUGUGGUCACCAUUUUUUCAUCUGUUAGAAAGAGAAGAUAAAUUCAUAGUUUAUCAGUCUAGUAGAAUUAUAGCUAAAAUAGCUUGUUGGAGUAAAGAAGCUAUGGAUAAAAAGAAUUUACAGUUUUAUUUAAACUGGUUGAAAGAACAACUCAAUAAACCGGGUAAUGAAUAUCUACAGACAGCAGCCAGAUGUCUACAGAUGAUGUUACGAGUAGAUCAGUAUCGUAAUAUGUUUGUGGAAGUUGAGGGGAUAUCAGCUAUUGUAUCAGUAUUAGCUGGUAGUAAAGUAGGAUUCCAGAUUCAGUAUCAGUUGACCUUUUGUCUUUGGUGUUUGACCUUUAACCCUGACCUAGCUGAAAGAAUGAACAGGUAUAAUAUAAUUCCAAUCCUAGCUGAUAUUUUGAGUGAAUCUGUGAAAGAGAAGGUAACCAGGAUAAUUCUAGCUACAUUGAGAAAUUUGAUAGAGAAACCAGAAGAGAAAGAAAUUCAACAUGUCCAUGCUCUAUCUAUGGUACAAUGUAAAGUAUUAAAACAACUAGAAUUAUUGGAGGGAAGAAAAUUUGAUGAUCCAGAUAUAAUAGAUGAUCUCGAAUUCUUAAAUGAGAAAUUACAGGCUUCGGUACAAGAUUUAAGUUCGUUUGAUGAAUAUACAACAGAAAUUAAAUCUGGUCGACUGGAGUGGAGUCCUGUUCACAAAUCAGAUCGUUUCUGGAGAGAAAAUGCAAUUAGACUCAAUGAGAAAAAUUAUGAACUUUUGAAAAUACUGGUACGUUUGUUAGAUACAAGUAAAGAUCCUUUAAUUCUGUCUGUAGCAGCCCAUGAUAUAGGAGAAUAUGUCCGAUAUUAUCCACGAGGAAAAAAUGUUGUAGAACAGUUGGGAGCUAAACAAAAAGUAAUGUGGUAUUUAGGACAUGAAGAUCCUAAUGUUAGAUAUGAAGCUUUGAUAGCUGUACAAAAACUCAUGGUUCAUAACUGGGAAUAUUUAGGUAAACAGUUAACCGAUGUAGAACCUGUACGUAAAGAUACACCUGGUAUGGCUUCUGUUAAAGGAUAGAUAACUCUACUACCAUCAUCUAAACAUGGCUGUGAACAUUAUUAUUAAUUUUAUUAUUCAACAUUUAUAUUAUGUAAUAUUUGGUAGACGUGAAGUUGAAUGAAGAAUGAAAAGUUAUUAUAAGUAAUAAUAUAUUUGUACAUUUUUUUCAAUGCAUUUAUUCAAGAACAAAUUCCUGGGAAUAUGGCCUCAUAUAUUAUAGCAGUACUGUAAAACCAGAAAUUAGUGACAUAAGUUGCAUAGUAUUGAAAUAAAUGUGACCUGCCUUAUCUUUCUGUUUUCUAAAUUAAUAUGCUUGGUACUGCUCACACUGAAUAACAAAAUAUGUAUUGAUAUUAAUGCUACAAGGCAUAGGUCAUAUUAUUUAAAGCAGUAUUUUAUUGGUGGCUUUACUUCUUGUUUACAGUAAAACAGACAAAUUCUGUAAAUGAAGAAAAAAAAACACUUGAAACAAAUGAGGUCAUUUCAAAAAUAUUUUAUAAGUUCUGGUUUUACUGGGUUAAAAAAUUGAAGAUCAAAUUAUUUAAAAUAUUUGUUAAUGAAAUUAUGGAGAUAAUACAUAUUUUAUUCUCCAUAUGGAUUAUUUUAGAGGAAUAAAGAAUUAUUAAAAAACGUAUAGGGAAGAGGAACAACUCUGUCAAAAUGUCCUUAUUAUCAUAUUAUCUCCCCUUACACCACAAUCGACAUGUAAAUUCUAAAAACAAAAGAAAUCAUUCCCGUUUGUUUUUUUUAUGUUUUUGUGUUAAUUAAAAUUGGUAAAUACAACUUUAUUGUUAUAUGAUGUACUAAGCUAAACAUUCCUUCAAAAUAAUUCUAUAAAGAGGAAAACAAUAUCAAAUUAAAACAAUUAUGUCUUCGAGAUAUACCUGGUUAGAAUGAAAUCAUGGCCUUCCCCCAUGGUCGUCAGGGUGAUAUCACAGACAAGUGUUUCCUAGGAAACUUGCGACUGAGCAUUCAAGAGGCUCAUUUCGCGUGUCGGCUAUCCAUUAAUUAGCUACCCAUUAUUCUAAACAGGAUAUAGAUAUGGUAUUAUUGGAGUCCUGGCCACAUUCCACAUUUGGUUGGCUUCAGACUAAAGUAAUACAGGAGAUAUUUAGUCUCCAUCAUGUAGUAAUACGAUAGUUACAUUCUAUACAAUAAUUUCUUAUUGAUAUAUCUAGAAGUAGAAAGCAAUUAAUAAUUUAACAUGUCUUUACCAUACUUUUAAUUUCUUGCUGCACUUAUAUUAACUUUCUUUGGGAAGUUUGUUUUAGAGUAUAUGGUAGUAUAUGAAGACAAAUGUUUAUCAUGAUGAAGCUAGUCCAGUUAUAGAUAAAAUGAUAGUUUUAUAUCUAUAAUUGAUAAAAGACAUAAAUGUAUAUCUUAUUGUAUUUAGUCCAUUUAUUUGUAAAGAAAUCCAAGGAAAGGGAAAUAAAUAAAAAUAUACUAA